AUCUGUAAGUGUCAAAUAAGAUGUAAACAAAAAAAAUUGUUUUGUUUCUCAUUUCAAUUUAAAACUGCAUUUUGUUUGUUGUUUUUAUUAUUUUUGUUGAUAAUUUAUUUUUUUAAAAAUGCCUGAGCCAUCAAGUGAAACACUCACAGCAAGAAAAUUCAUCAAAGAACGCCUCCAAAGAGAUAGAACAAGUUUUCAUGGGCAUGAAUCCGAAUGGAAAAACGUUCACGAUCUCCUGGAGCGUACCGCCGAAGUUGGUGAAUCAAACUCCCUCCUCCUUAUUGGACCUCGAGGUUCAGGAAAAACUACAUUAGUUAAUUCAGUGCUCUACUCGCUGCUCCCGAAAAAAGACUUCCAAAAGAACACCUUGAUAGUGCAACUCAAUGGUCUAGUUCACACAGAUGAUCGACUGGCAUUGAAAGCGGCAACCGUACAAAUGAACCUAGAGAAUGCCACAAAUGGCAAGGUUUUCGGGUCUUUUGCUGAAAAUUUGGCUUUCCUCUUGGCAUGCUUAAAGUCUGGAAACAAAAAGUCCAAGAGUGUAAUAUUCAUUUUAGAGGAGUUCGACCUCUUUUGUGCCCACCAUAACCAAACGCUGCUGUACAACCUUUUCGAUGUAUCACAAUCUGCUCAGGCUCCAUUGUGCGUUUUAGGAAUCACUUGUCGCUUGGAUGUUAUCGAACUCCUAGAGAAACGCGUCAAAUCCAGAUUCUCCCACCGACAAGUGUUUCUCUUCCCGAGCAGCGAUGAUUUCGAAUCUAGAGUCGAUUUGUUCAGGCAAUCGCUCCGACUACCCACAGAGAAAGAACUGAAGACACUUUGCGAAACAAUGCCGCACGCCAAACAAAUCAAAGUCUCCUCCGAACUCUGCUUCCUGCGGAAUCAUUUCAAUCCCUCAAAAUAUAGUUUCUCGAAGAAGUUUGUCGAAUCUUGGAAUAAGCACAUCGAAGAAUUGGCUCUCAAUACAACAGUGCGUACCUGCCUCCAAAACAUCUACGACUUCGAUGUAAGCGAAGCCUUCUUCAAGAUAUUCCUGUUCAAAAUAAUCACCCACAUCAACGACUCUCAUCCUACAAUCAAACCGGAGGACAUAUCCCACAUAUCCUCUGUCUACGAGUCCGAUGACAAAGUCCAGCUAAUGUGUGGCUUGUCUGUACUCGAACUAUGCCUGAUCAUAACAAUGAAACAUCAUUCCGAGAUCUACGAUAGGGAUCCAUUCAAUUUCGAAAUCAUAUUCAGUCGAUUUAUGAAAUUUGCCAAGGUCAGCAGCACAAUGCAGGGCGUGGAGCGAGCUGUGGUUCUUAAGGCGUUUGAACAUUUGAGAAAUUUGGAAUUCAUAAUGCCAUUGAGUUCGAUUGCCUGUAAAGUGCAGAAGGAAUUCGAGAUGCAUAAGAUGGCCCUGACUUAUGGACAAAUUGCACAGGCAGUCAAUAAGUAUCAAGCUCUGCCAACGGAGGUGGCUCAAUGGGCGCAGAGUUCAUUGAUUUAAGUACAUAUUGUUUGUUGUUUAAUUUAUUUCUUACAAUAAAAGUAAAUGAUAGUAAAUAAUAGUUA